AUGGAAGAGCCGACUGAUUACAAUGAACUCAUAGCACAGAUAUCUGUAAAUCUCAGAAACGCGCUCAACACAUUCGGUGCCUCGUCUCCCCAGUUUCAGAAUGUCCUGAUUAUCCUCAAAGACUGUCUGCGCGAGAUGGAUGAGAAAGCGCGGAACUCGAACUCCGUGGAUCCUGAUAUGCUGGACGUCGCAAUGAGCUUUUUGUCGCUCGAAUAA